UCUACAAGUAAUCUAGAAAAGUAAGAACGCAGCCAUGCCACGUCGUCAUCACGGAAAUGCCGCAUCGAUAGCAAUGCUGCGCAAGAAGACGCACGACAACAUCAACAAAAUUAGCAGCCAAAAGACUAAAGAGAAAACCAACAAAAGCAAAAGCAAAGGCAAAAACGCCAGUGGCACCGCCAGCGGCUCGAAAAAAAACAAAAAUGAGAAAAAGUCCAGCUCUGAAAAAACCGAAAAAUCUAACCAGAAGCCCAAACAGCUGCCAAAGCUGGCAAAGCAGGCAAAGCUGCCGCAGAUGCUGGCAAAGAAGACUUCGACUUCGUUCAUUUUCAAGAAGCCGACACUGGUCCCGGCCCUAAGCCGUGUCCCGAAGAAGGUGCCAAGGUGCGACGUGGAGCAGCUUGAACAGAAGCCGAACCCCGACCAGAUCUCUUCGCCUGACGACCUGCAUUCAGUCGAUGACGAGAAGCUGACCUGUGGCAUUGACUCUACCCCAGAGUCGUUCCAUGAGUCGACUUUUGAGGAGCCACUAUGCAACAAGGCAUCACUCGGCGACCAGGGGACUAUCGGCGACCUGGGGCCACUCGGCGACGUGGAGCCAAUCGGCGACCUGGCGCCACUCGACGACCUGGGGCCUAUCGGCGACCUGGCUCCACCCGGCGACCUGGGGCCACUCGACGACCUGGGGACUAUCGGCGACCUGGCGCCACUCGACGACCUGGGGCCACUCGGCGACCUGGAGCCAAUCGGCGACGUGGAGCCAAUCGGCGACCUGGAGCCAAUCGGCGACCUGGGCCCAAUCGACGACCUGGAGCCAAUCGGCGACCUGGGGCCAAUCGACGACCUGGAGCCAAUCGGCGACCUGGGGCCACUCGAUGAUCUGGAGCCACUCGGCGACCAAGGAUCAUUCUCUGACCCCGAAACAAUCUGUUACCGCCCACAGGAUUUAAUUAAUGACCAGAUGCCAGACUUCAACGAGGAUCCACCCUUCAACGAGGAACCUGCAACCUGCAACCUGAAGUCACGCGGCGACCUGGAGGCAAUCUUCAAACUGCCAUCCUAUAUCAUCGAUCCGAAAUAUGCCCAGUACCAGGAGCCAGAAGCUGCAGAAAAGCCAAUCAGUGAUGUCUAUUCGCCAGAGACGUCUGACGGCCAGGGAUCGUCACGCAAGGCAGUGCCCAACGAUACCUUCGCCUUUAUGUUUGGCCACAGUGCGAAGGACUGGGAGCUAAAGCUCUUUCCAGAGCUGUACCGCCGCAUGCCGACACUGCCCUCGUAUUCGGACAUCUUCGGACAGCCGUCUUAUGAGUCCCAUCGUACGGCGCCCAAGGCAUCUUCAUCUUCCCAGAGCGAAGGCAUUCGGAGCAAUGCCGAUGGAGUCUUCACUAACGUUCCCAGUUCCAUGAUCCUAGAUCAAUAUGGGAUUGUGGGUCUACUCGCGGCCAUGCGGGCUACCCACACCCAUCCGGAGACUACCCGACUGGCGUUUGGGGAAGAUCUGACAAAGCUCGGCCUAGAUCUGACUUCACCGGACGAGAUCUAUGUGAACUUCAAUGGACCCUUCACCACCAAGCCGCCACAACGGCAGCCAAUGCAGAUGAACCAGGACAAGGCAUCGGACGACGACUUCGCCUAUAUGCGGGAAGCGGAAUAAGAGACUGGAGCUGAUUCGGCAUGAGCUUGACAGCCUGAUCUGUCCACAUGUCCACAUCAAGCACAUCUUUUUGUGUAGUUUUCAUUUUCAUUUAUUUUCACUUUUAUUUUGUAUAAUUCUUUACACAUUUGAAUUUUGUAAAACGCAUUUUUCGACACUUUUGACAGAGCGAAAUGUAGAAAAAGCGUUUAUAAAUAAAUCAUAUGUCUGGCAGACAUCGGACGCAUGGCACGCGAAUACUUGAGAUCGUUGGACUCGCAGAUACAUAGAUAGAUACAUAUAUUUCGUAGUUAUAGCUUGCGAGUGGUUUAUGUGUGCUUUAUAGACUCGGUCGACUGACAGACAGGCGCUUUAUAGCGCAUCCUGGUGUCUGGGGUCGUCCCUAAUUGAGUCCGCAUAAUAACGCUGUCAGAGAAGUACGCACUCCACUCCAGAGAGCGGGGCUGGCACAUGGCAAGCUCAUUCCAGAGACGAUCCAUCCAUAGACACAUCCACAUCUACAUCCACAUCCACAUCUAUCUCUAUCCCCAGACUUUUCUCCGGUUGAGUCUGAUGCUGAGUGUCGUCUCCGUUUGCUUGUUUUGCACAUUGUUGGGGCUAUUUGUGUAUUUGGCAUUCCAUUUCACUGAGCGAAAACAAUUAGCCGACACUGUCUGUCUUGCUGUCUCUUCUCAGUCUUCU